AUGGAAUCCACAGCAGCAAUGGAUGUAGCCAUUAUGGAAACGAGAGAGGCUUCACCCGCUCAUUUGUUGAUCAAAAUUCAAUCUUUCUCGUUGCCUGCGAAGCAUGGGAUCAAGAAAUUCGAGACCACCGAAUUUGAGUCCGGUGGACACAAAUGGAAACUUAUAAUAUACCCAAGUGGAAGGGAAAGAGAGGAAGGUUACGUGUCGGUGUACUUAGCCAUUGUGGAUUCUGGUGGCUUGCCUGUAGGCUGGGAGGUUAAUGUCGUCUUUACGAUCAGCUUGCUUAACCAGAUUUCCGGCAACACAGCUUGCUUAUAA